AUGAGCACACCACACCAAGUGAUAACAGGUGCGCUUAAUAGAGGAGAGAAUGUUUACGCUACAGGCAACGUUGAAGGGACAACCUUUAUAGUCUGCGCAGUUGGUUCAGACGUUGUAAUUCUUGGAGCAGAUUUUUCUAGAGUACAAAUCAUUUCGGGAUAUUCUCAUCAUACCGAACAACUUGUAAACAGCGUGAGCUGUUGUCAAGAUUCAGGGAAGAUUGCGGCCACAUACGGUAACAUUAUUCGAGUUUUUGAACCUACAAAUGUAGCCUCCGAAAAGAGCAAACCUUGUUUUGCCUAUCAGUGGAUCGAAACGCAGUGCUUCACCGUGAAGGAACAAGUGAAUGCCGUUCUUUGGAACGUGGAUGGGCUGCGAAUGACCGUUGUAAUUGGCGAUGAGAUAUUUCUUUAUCAACAUAGAAGUUUGAGCUGCAUUUCCCGUUCCGCUUCCAGCGGUCCAGUUAUGUUCUGUAUCGCUGAAGAGGAACAGUCACAAGAUGCCUGUAAUUGGGAUAUUGUUUGGUCUGUACAACUAGCACAGCGUCCAAAAUAUAUUAAAUUUUCGACUGAUGGAACGUUUCUAGCUGUAUCUGGGGAGAAUGAUUAUUUGGUAAAAAUAUUCUAUCAGGAAUCUGCAGAGCACGAAAAUAGAGAACAUCUCAGCUUUGGUUUUGUUACUUUGCAUCAUCCAGCACCUGUUAGAGGCUUCGAGUGGCGCCGAACAGGUAGAUAUAUGCCAAGAAAAUGUGUACAAGCCGUCCUAAUGACUUGGUGUGAAGAUAAUACUUCGCGAAUUUGGAAGGAAACACCACCCCCUGAGCUAGCUAUGAUUGAUUUGAGUGGGGAUGGAGGUGAACCAUCGUUGGAGAGGAGCCGACCACGCAAGUUUUUUGGAAAGCAUAUUCGUGUCAAGAAGACAAGGAACAAGAUUAUAAAUAAAUUGAAAGGGAUAGUACCCGAGAAAAAGCGACGUGGGGAAGAGCCUCCUCUUGCCUUAGGACUUAGAGCACAAAUUGGAAAGAGCCCUUCUUUCAGUGAUCUACAAUCCGGACAUCAUUCUUACACUAACAUACAGUUUCAUCUUGCCGCUACUAUCAAUGCCGAGACAGAUUGCAUGCUUGUUCCGUCGAUGGAAAAUGGCGGAGUUUUGCAAAAACCACUCUGUGUCCAUUGGCUCAAUAACAAGGAGCUGGUUUUCAGUAUUGGAGCAGAAAAACUGCUUGCCGAAGCUCUCAUUUCAGAAAAUGACCGAAGAUCAGCAAAUGUGAGUCCCUGUGAAAAUACUGAGACCGAAUAUAGUCCUUCACCAUCGAAUUCCCAACAAGAAAGAAGCGAGUGGGCAACUAAUGCAUUCGGCAGCGUUUGUUCCGACUCACCUUCUUCGAAGGACAUUCUUGAUGUGAAGUUGGAAAUACUGUUAAGGCAGUGGACUAGAUCACACGACAUUAUAUUUACUGUUCACCCUCUUGAUGGUUCCCUUUUGACAUGGACUGUAGAGUGGUUGGAUGAUUUGCAUCGUCAGCCAACAGUUUCCUUCACUUCGAGGUUUCCCUCUGCUUUUCCCAUAACUGAUGCGUCAUCCCUCCACCCUACGCUUAACACAUUCAAUCCUCACGAACCUAUGUAUGUUGACGUUUUGCGUAGAGAAGAAGGAAGGGAUGGAGAGUCGCCAUUGAAUGAACGAUUACUUGAGAGAAGGAUUUCGAAUACAAUUCAUAUGCUCACUAAUCAUGAAAAUGGUUCCUUGAAUUUAUGGCACAUGGUUGUGGAUGAAAACAGUAGCUUCUCAACUAUUCUCAGUGUCAUCCACAUGUCGCGGAUGUGUGGUCACCGCUUCCAAAUCAACCAGGUCGUCGCACACCCAGUGCUUCCUCUGUUGCUGACAACAUCACAAUUUCGAACGACUGAACCAAUAGACAACACUGAGAAGCGCGCUUUAUCUGAAGUAAUUCUUUGGAAAAUCUCUCCAGUCGGCCCACUUUGCAGAAGUGGAGGAGUGACAGAACUUGCACGUGUAGCCAGCCCUUUUCGUGCAGGUUUUGAUUGUCUUGGUUGGAUACCUGUCAUUCUCCCGAGCUGCACACUUGGAACAGUGUGCAACUCGCCAUCCUCUUGUUUUGUUGCUGGUGAUGGUCGGAACCUCGUCAUUUAUCAGGCGGUUGUUGAUGCACGAGAUCUUCUCGCCGAAAUAUUCAAUUCCACUAGACAAAAUGAAGCCUGCAAAGACGACACGGCAUUCACUCCAACACUUCUAAAGUCUCCCAACAUGGGACUACUUCAACAAUUUAAUGUUGUCUCUACUCAGUCAACAGCUAAACCAGGAUGUGUACUUGAAGUUGGCCGAAUCGUCGAUGCGGUCUCGUCGAACUCUCAGCUCCUCCUGCUUCAUGUGCUCAAUGAGCGCCUUGUCGUUGAAGGCACUAGAACUGUUUGUGAGGACGGCCAAUCUCGAAUGGGUAGCGUGGUAGAUCGAAGUAAAGCAGUCGUAUUUAACGACCGUUACUUUGUCGUUGUGGUGGAGCGUGGACCUACCUCUGAAAGCUUUGUCAUGUUCUCUCUUGUUAUUUCUUCGCAACACCCUGAACCAAUCCCCCACUUCGAUCCAGAGGCUGAGCAGGAUGAGAACGGCUAUUUACACGUACCAUUCGCCCCUUCUGUAGCAAAACUGCACUUUACGAGUGAGAAAGUCUGUGAACAACAUGUACCACUUCCUAGUGGCGUUCAUGUUAUUUCUGCAGUUCCUGCUGCUGGUCAUCUUCCAUCAUCAUCACUUUACCCUGCUUGUCGAGCUCCCUUUGUCUUGCUCACUAGUUGUGACGAUGAUGUUGUGCGAUUCUGGCGCUGCGUGGACGCUGAGCCUGAUUCUGGAUUUCAGUAUGAGUGGGCGGAGUGGAAUAUGAUCAGUGAUAAUAGACCGAGUGAACUUGAACUGGAAGGUACUAUUCUUUCCGUUUCUGCUGCUCAUAGUGGUAGGAUCGCUUGUGCGUACGAUCCAAAAUCUGGUUACGUGGAGGUAACACAGAAUAUUGCUGAUGUCGAAAUAGGUGUGUUCGAAUGCGAGUCAUCAGGUGGUGUGGAGUGGAUGAGAGAAGACACAUUCAACCUAAAAAAUGUCCGCAUUCCGGAUAUGUCCUCCCUUCCCAAAUUGUCGUCACCUCUCCAAGGAUGUAUGACAGAUUUGUCGACGUCGCCGCGUGUGGGACCAUCAGAUGACUUAAAACGUGUGUUUGGGAAGAUUUCCAAAGCAAGGAACCCAUACGAAAACUCAACCACCAAGGAUAUGGUUCGUUUGGAUUGGGUGUCUACUGAGGAUGGUUCUCAUAUUCUCACGGCAGGGGUUGCUGCGUACAUUUACAUGUAUACGCGGGUGUCACUCGAUCCGGCCCAACAGAACGUGGCUCUGAUGAAGGAAAGUGAGACCACUAUGAGACGCCGGUCGCUGAGAAAGGCUUCCUCUCUUGUUGCUCACGCUCACUGCUACAGUCGACUUACUCGGUGGAUAUGCACAAGAAUACUCGAAUUACAUUCCGCUGACGGUCUGCCUCCAAUCCCAACGACUUUGGGUUGGGCGCGUGACGGCCUUUUAAUCGUGGGAAUGCAAAGUGAAAUGCGUGUAUACAAUCAGUGGAACUUGCAGCGACGAAACAGUGAGCAACCAAUGACACGCAGGGAGACGAACCCGCAAGUCCUCACUUUGGCUAUUUCGCAAUCUCAUUCAAUGCUAGAUCAACUGCAAAGGAAGAAAGAUAUGCCUAGUUCCAAAAGUCGUUUGUUUUUAGAUCUAAUGAACAAAACAUACUCCAAUAAGGAAUCAAAUUCUUCUAUGGUUCUGGACGCUCUUUCCGGAGAAGGCCUGUUCGAAGCUGCACGUUUAGCAUCUCCAAUCUUGCCUCAGUAUCAUCCAAAACAGCUGAUCGUUCUCCUCAAUGCUGGCAAGACGAAACGAGUUAAAGCGAUCUUACUACAUGUGCUUAAAGCGUUGAAGCGUCGACAAGUAUCUGUACACAAUCCUUUGUCUCGUGCAGCAUCCAUAAGACGCAUGUCGACGGUUGAUAGCGUUGAUGAAGGAGACACUGAAGGCUAUCCGACGCGACCGAUGAACUUUGAAGAAGACUCGCCAGAUUACUACGAGAUCGAUGAUAUUGCUCCACUUCCUCUUCACGCUUUAGUUACUGCCGACAUCGAGAGAAACGCUGAAAAUGGCGAAAAAGCUGAGGCAUUUGGCGGGAAUGGAACUCCGAAAUAUGACUCUCUAUUCUCAUCGGACAAACUUGAUGAAAACGACCUCGAUCAAAUGCUAAGGGAGAGUGAUUCAGAGGGGCGUUCUCGUAAUACGUCAAUAGCUAGCGAUCAUGCUCAAGAAGAAAUGAUAUCUGCAGUGUUCAGUGCUCGCCACAACAGAUUACUCACAGAGUUGCUAACUCAUACACACCUUCCGGGACUUUCCAGCGUUGACCAAAUGCAUUUGCUUGCCAUUGCAGAUACCUUGAGCCAUUUUUCGACGGAUGUAAUGGACAAGUUAGCGCAAGCGAAUGCUGCUCUGCAACCAGUGGUUCCUUCCGUUCUCGGUGACUCUUCCGCGGGCGGUUAUGCCACUGCCGCUUCUGGCAUGGAAACAGUCGAUGAAUGUGGGCUACGUUAUUUAAUGGCAAUGAAACAACAUGAAUACCUGCUUGUGUGUCUGCCCAUCAAACAAAGAAUGGAGUUGAAGAAGGUUGGACUAUCGUCUUCGGAUAUCAUCUGGGCUCAACAUUCGGAAACUGAGACGGAGCUGUUGAAUGCAGUUCCAGGUCUACAGAAGUCGAAUCCAACUUGGGAAGAACUGAGAAGCCUUGGAAUAGCGUGGUGGCUCAAGAAUACAACCAGCCUCAGGAUUUGUGUUGAAAAGCUUGCAAAAGCAGCAUUCCAACAAAAUCAGAACCCCAUGGAUUCCUCCCUCUACUACCUGGCUCUUAGGAAAAAGAAUGUGCUCACUCACCUCUUUAAGACGGUUCGUAAUCAACAAAUGGCGGACUUCUUUAUGCAAGAUUUUAAUACUGAGCAUUGGAGAAAGGUGGCUGCCAAGAACGCAUUUGUGUUGAUGAGUAAGCAACGGUUUGAACAUGCUGCUGCAUUCUUUUUGUUGAGCGGUAGUCUAAGAGAUGCUCUCCAGACUAUCUUAUGCAAAUCUCAUGAUUUACAACUGGCAAUGGUAGUUCUUCGAUUGUAUGAGUCGGAUUUCGAUGCUCAACAAACAGUACUCAAGGAGAUGUUGUGUCGAGAAGUUUUGGGCCAGUCUGUCGAAGAAUUCGAGCAAAUGCGCGGAAAUGUAGACGACGAUAGCUCCUUAAGCCCUGAUGCAAACAGGGAUCCAUUCAUUCGGUCUAUGACGUACUGGCUGUUGAAAGAUUAUUCUCGUGCGGCACACACGCUGGUUCAGGAGGCACAUCGUGAUCGAGCAAGCCUACGUACAAACCUUUCGGAUAUUUUCAACUUCUAUUCGUUCUUACGGAGGCAUCCGCUUGUUGUGAGACAGAGAUUAACCGAUGCUGGCGCUCAGUAUUUAUCUCAUCAAAAACUAGUUGCUCUCUUAGCUUGGAUCAACCGAGUAAUUUUUGGCGGCUGGAAAGCAACACGAAACAUUCGUAACACCAUCAGAACGAAGUUCUCGCCAGCUCCUCUUGAGUCUGUCGACAACGUUGACUGGAGCAAGCCGACAGUUGUUAUAACCAAUGAAGAUUUGGCAUUACAAUGGAGUGAUGAGGAUGACAACACCGAUGUGUAUGGAAACAAAAUCGCUAAUGAGGGAACUUCCAAUGGAGUUCCUCUUCCACAAGUUCGUACUGUUUUGACUGAACGAGCCCUUCCUUCUAAGGUUGAUGGAGAAACAUCUGACGUCAUCGCCCAACAUUUGAAGUUUGUUGCUUCCCUACGAAUACUAACUGAAGAACUGUCAACAUUAGCAAGCGGAUUUGAGGUGGAUGGAGGGCAGUUGCGCUUCCAGCUGCUGAUUUGGUUAGAAAAGGAGGUGGAUGUGUUGAAGGACCUAUGUGAUUAUCGUUCGAACUCUGAUAACACGAACGAUGACAAUACCGAUGGGAUUGAGUUGGAUCCUAGCGCUGCAACUAGCAAUACUCUUCAUGAUGUGAUCCGGAAUGAUCGCGCUGACAUUAUGAUGAAGCUCAAGUUUGCACGAAAAAGACGAAAAUGGUUAAUUGCAAAUCAGAAACUACUUAGGUCCUUCACAUCGUACUGCGCUCUUCAUUCCGCUCAAAACCAUCGUCUUACUUCUGCACUAAUGGAGUUGCUCCUACUUCUGCUGGAAGUCCAAAAGGACGCUGGUGUUCACCAUCUUAGUGAGCCAGUACUGGAUGCAAAUUCUUUCCCCCUUUUGGUUGCAUCAGUAUCAUCUGCGAAAAUGUUCGUCUCUUCGCCAUUGUCUUUCAUCGAGAAUCAGUGUUACGAUCUUCUUUCUACUAUUGCUGAUCUUGUUAGCGUCCCCGAUAUCGACAAGCACGUGCAGAAGGCCUACAUGGUGUACAAUCUAAGCCAAGGUUUAUCGUCGUGUUUGUACCAGUCCUUGUGCGAUUUGGAUCAGUUCCCCACCAUGGCCAAUUCGAACGUGAAGCUCGGCGCCCUCACGAGGAGAACCCGUGCGUAUACGUUUACGGAUGACGUCAAGGUAUCAACUCCGCCACCACGUUGGCCAGGUGUUGAGAAUUUGGUUGCUUUGUUGAGCCGAGAAAAAGACGACGGAGCCCCUCAUCUCCGGCAGCUUUUGGCGGAGUGUUUUGUGGCAAUAACUAUGUCUUUAUUCUGCUUUGCUUUGGCUGUGUAUGACUCUAGAUGGUUAUACCGAUUAGCAGCCCAUCAAAUGGACUCGGCGCAGUUCGCACUCAUCUUCGGUGGAGGAGGUGAGAAAAAGCUGAAGGCGUUGAAACCAACGAGACCACCACGCCCAUCCGCUCCUCGAAGAAAGAAAUCCGCAGAUGCACUCACUAUUAGCAGUGAUGGCCAAGCUUUCCGAUCAAAACUCCAUGCCAAGGUAUUCGGGACCGACACAUCUCCACCGGGAACAAUUUCUAUCUCUUCCCCACCAGUAGUCGAGCAAAUCGUGACGAAAUGGGUGCCACCACUGAAGAAUAUAGUGCAGUUCUUCGCAGAUAAGCCUCCUAUUAAUUCAAGUGAUGAUCUAGGUGUUGAUUUUGACUCAGACGAUGGAUCGGAAGAGAGUUCCACGAGUGAAUUAGAUGAGGAUAAGUGUGAGAACGCAAAUCCUGCUUCCUAUGCUUGGCAGCUGCUUAGACUUGCCCUCGUUGAACAGCAAAUCUACAGGAUUCGACAGUUUCUUGUGCUGGCAGGAUUCGAUCCUAACGAAGUACCUGGUCUAGCUCCUCGCAUCGAAUCUAUUUUCCGUCUUCUGGAUGGUUGGGCAAUGCAGUUACGACACACUCUCCAAACUUAUCGUGGUGGAUGUCCUAUUGACUUUCUUCCCAACAUGACUGUGAAUCUUAUUGAAUUGGACCCUGCAUUAACUUCAAAAAAGUACGCUGUCAUUACGGAAAGAAAGAACACUCCAUUUGAAUCUGAGGAUCCUCGAGCUGGACCUUUACAACGGUUGUGGGCUUAUGUAGUGAAUCAAGAUCAUCUGCAGCAUUUGUUCAUCCGGCACAUAUUUGCAACGCAAGGACAACAGGAGCAGCCAGUGGAACGUAAUGACGUCUUGGCUGGUAUCGAAAAUCAACCUCUCCCAGAUGCAUUCAAAAUCAUUCAGAAAGACAAUGAGCCUAUCGUUGCUUUUGCAUGUAACCAGGAGAAACCUGGAUACUUAGUAGUCUCAACUGGACGAGAGUUGCAGGAAAUGGAUAUUUCUCGUAUAUUUGAAGAAACUAAUAAUGCAUCAUCUUGGCUAUAUAACCGAACUGAAUUAGAUGUUAACUUACUAACAAUUCGUCGUGAUCCUCUUAAGGAAAACGACGACUAUCAACUGUUCACAGAAGGGGCGACACAGCAGAAUCAUACACCGAAAACUGCAACUAUGAUGUUCAAAAGAACCAUCAGCGGAAUUCGUCGCAUCGAUUCUCAUCCGGCAGCGCCAUUCUACGUCACUGGAUCUUCGGAUGGAUCGAUAAGGGUAUGGGAAUGGAGCGUUGGACAACCUGUAUAUACUGCGCGUGUAGCCGGCCAACAUGCCAAGGUGACAAAAAUAUCCUUCUCUUGCAAUGGAAACAAAUUUGCUGCUGUUGAUGGAGAUGGUUUGAUGUGUCUUUGGCAAGCCAGCCAUUCGACAGAACAUAAAAAACCGUUUUUCAGCCAGAGGUGUCACAACAAAUCAGCAUCUGACGUGCGAUUUAUUGGUCAUAGCUCCUCGGUGUUAGUUACAGCAGGCGCGUCUUCAGGAGAGUUCAACAUUGCUCUUUGGGAUACUUUGCUUCCUCAGAGUCGAGCCCUAGUUCAUUCUUGGGUGGCUCAUCCAGAGGGCGCAACGGUGGCCAUGUAUAUGCCUAACCAACAGGCAAUUAUGUCCGGUGGACGCCACGGUGAAUUGUGCAUAUGGGAUAUUCGACAACGCCAGUUACGUGCAACUGUGAAAGCUUUCGAGUCGCAUCAAAUUGUGAAAACUUUAGUCAGUGACUACACCCAAGAUCUAAUAGUGGCGGGGUCAAGCGAGGGCGACAUCAAGAUAUGGUCGGCAGAUUUGAAUCCGCAGUUAAUGUAUUCACUUCCUGGCGAACAUGCGGCCAAAGGAGGGUUCUCGUUCAGACAAGUUGCGCAAUCAGCGGUACAAGGUGUGCAACAGUUGUAUAUUGACCAACAACUUCGACUUUUUUCUUGUGGUGCAGACGCGAGCUUAAAGUUCCGAACCCUUCCUUCAGUUUAUAACAUGACACAUCUUGUCUAG